AUGGCAAAGCCAGCAACAACAAAACAUGUAAUGCUGUCGUAUCAAUGGAAAGUACAAAAAUUGGCCCUAUCGAUGUACGAAUACCUAGUUGAGAAAAAGAUCCCGGUAUGGAUAGACAUCAAAUGUGGCCAUCCGUCAAAAAAUUUAUAUGAAGGCCUGAGCCAUGCAAUUGAAAAUUCAUCAUGCUUUGUCUGUUUCAUGACACCGGAAUAUCAAGAGUCAGACUUUUGUCAACAAGAAUUCCAAUAUGCAAAAAAGUGCCACAUACCCAUUAUACCACUAAAGCUUGAUGAGAACUGGGAGCCAACCAGUUGGCUUGGCCUUCAAACGGUCGGUCUUAUAUGGCUUGAUUUUUAUCGUACAACAAAAUUCAAAAUAAAAGCCUCAGAAUUACAUGGUCGUAUUCGUACAACUGCCGGUGAUCUAUAUCAACAGUCAAAGUCACAAGAAUCGGUUCCCAAGGCAAAACAAAUAGGCUCCCAACCACAAUCAUUGAACAACUCGGAGUCCGAAGGAGACGAACUGGUACCGUACAUAUCCCAUUUAAAAAUCAAGAAAGUCGAAGACACUCCAUAUAGUGAUAAACUGUCUCAUCCAAAACAGCCCUGCAAAUUUGGGCUUAGAUGCAAUGAUUACAGUGAUUCACACCGAGCUUGGCUUUCACAUCCAUCCAGUACAGAAGAUAUUGCACAACCCACUAAGCAACCACGACGGUGCAGAUAUGGAGCGAACUGCUUCGAUAUAAGUGACUCACAUCGAGCACAAUUCUCGCAUCCACCCAACGCAGAAGAGUUUGCACAACCCACUAAGCAACCACGACCGUGCAGAUACGGAGCGAACUGCUUCGAUAUAAGUGACUCACAUCGAGCAGAAUUCUUGCAUCCACCCAGUACCGAAAAUGAUGGCCAACCCUCUGGUGUACGUUCUUCACGUCGCUCAAAGUUUCAGCAUUCGGAAGCUCCUGAAUGA